AUGCCUCCUACCGGCCUUCCAAAUGGCACCCUCACCAUCGAGCCCUCCUCCCAGCCCCCGGGAACACCUACAGCCCCUCCUCACAUCUCGGAAUCUUCCACCUUAGCCUCGAUCCGGGCGUCGUUAUCGGCCCUGCACACCCGCGAUGCGGCCAUCACCUCGCGUCUCCAGACGCUCAUCUCCUCGCAAGCGGACCUCUCGCGCGAACUCGGACGGCUCGAUCUCCUGCGCGCGCACCUGGGGACGCAGGUCGUGCACACGAGGGAUGUGAGUAAUGGGAUGUUGGACAGUGCUGCGAGCACGGCGGAACAUCUUAGUAGCAAGGUGAAACAGCUGGAUCUUGAGAAGAAGAGGGUUGAGGAGACGCUGGGGGUCGUGGAGAUGGUGGGGGAGUUGAAGGCGUGUGUUCAAGGGGUUGUGGGGAGUAUGGGGGCGCCGCAGGAUUGGGAGGCGGCUGCGGGGUAUAUUGCGCGAGCGAAGAAGAUUCCGAAGGAUAUUGUGGAGGGCAGGUUUGCGGCUACGAUUGUGCCCAGUGUGGAGGUUCCGGAUGCGCCGGGGGUGACGAUUGAGAAUGCUAAGGAGAGUCUUUGUGGGCUGUUCUUGAGGGAGUUUGAGAAGGCUGCUGGUGAGGGGGAUAAUCCUAAGAUUACGAGGUUUUUUAAGCUUUUUCCGCUGAUUGGGAGGGAGGAAACGGGUUUGGAGGUCUAUGGGAGAUACGUUUGUCAGGGUGUUGCUAUGAGGGCGAGGAAUAAUCUGAAGGAGGGGACGAAAGGCAGAGAGGGAAAAGAGGGGUUCUUCUAUGCCAAUGCCAUUACGAAACUCUUUGAACAUAUUGCCCAGAUUGUAGAGAAUCAUGGGACACUGGUGGAAAGACAUUAUGGGCAAGGAAGAAUGGUCAAGGUUAUCGAACGAUUGCAGGUCGAAGCUGAUGUACAGGGUGGCAUUAUAUUGGACACGUGGGGGGACGAAAGAAAUGUCGAUAGGAGAAUGACGGAUGUGAAAAGUUAUCCAUUUUCGUUUCUGGUACAAAGCUUUCUACCUCCCCAGAAGAAUCUGGGGAUAUCAAGGACCGCUUCCCCUGCCGUUGGGGCUGGCACCAAUGGGCGGUUGAGUGAGGAUGAGGGAGUCGAUAUGAAAGAGGUCGAUGGGUUAUUGAACGAGACAGCUAUGAUGCUGGGUCGUUGGUCAUUAUACACAAGAUUUUUGGCUGGCAAAUGCAGGACGGCUCCACCACCAGUUCUUCAACAGGCCAUCUCACAACUAUCACCGGAUCCAAAUGAAGAUGACGGACCAUUGGUAAUGCCAGAACUGCUCAUUAAGUCGGCCCUUGGCCGUAAAAUAUCAGCGAGGCUGAUAACGCCGUUUAAUGUCAUGACCACGUUCUUCUUUCGACGUUCAGUAGAAAAGGCAUUUCAGUUGGACGAGGCGCCAGUUGGGUUAUCUCUCAACAUGUCGAAACCGCUAGAUGGAAAUCCACCUUUUAUCAUCACGCCUGUUGACGAUGUAAUGUACAUUGUCAAUACAGUCCUCCAGCGUUCCCUUUCCACCUCUCAACGGGAUGUCAUCGCCUCUGUCAUACCUACAGUUGGUCGGGUUCUUGGUUCCGAUUUCGUAGGUAUGGUUCAACGAAAAAUGAGAGAUGAAUCGUAUCCAAAACCAGUAGUUUCUGGCGGAUUUCCUCCCGAGGACAAGAUCGUAUCCUUUAUUGUUCUUAUCAACUCGCUUGAUGUAGCAAAUGAUUAUAUCAGUCGAAUUGUCACCUCACGCCUUCAACCACCAGAGUCAAACGGUGCCACUCCAGGGAACUCACUUUCCGAGCUCUUCCCCUUCGAUCACGACGCCGUCUUUGUAACGAACGCUCUCAAGAACCUGAACACAACAUUCGAAUCCAAAACAUCAGAACUGAUAUCUGAAGGUCUCCAAGUAAUGUUUGAACGAGUCCUCAAACCACGCCUACGAAUAAUCAUCCCGGAUACAUUCCGAGAUGUAGAUUACUCCCUCACGGAUGAAGAUCUCAUCGAAAUCGCCCGUCAAAAUGACACAGAUGAUGACCCCGAGGUACUAGCAGAGCAGGUAUCCCACCGCUUCGAGACGGCAUGGGAAGCCCUCAUUAGACCAAUCCAGCGUCUUAUGACGCCGAAUUGUUUUGCCCUCUUACUGAGCCAGACGGCUACGCAUCUUGCGAGGGUAUUGGAGAAACGCAUCUGGGUUCAUGCGGGGAAGACUAAUGGACUGGGUGCUACGAGGAUGGAGAGGGAUUUUGGAGGUAUUGUUAAGGCAAUUGGGAGAGGGGCUCAGUACAGUGUUAGAGAUAGCUUUCAGAGGGUCAAUCAGUUGACUAUGUUGAUCAAUAUGGAGGAUGAUGAGUGGGAGGCGCUUAUGGAGGAGGGAGAUGAGGGGAUGGUUUGGGUGUUGAGUGAGGAGGAAAGGAGGAGAGGGAGAGCGUUUGUGAGGUUGUGA